UGCUCACUUUCGCUUGCAACGGUUCGUGUGAUUUUUUCUUUUUUUUAUUUAAAAUUUGUCUUUUUAAAAUUAUAUUUCAUAAAAAUACUUAAACACAUACAAAAAAUAGAACGUUUCCGUUUCAUAGUUAAAAGGGUGUAUCUGUAAAUUCAAAAAAAAAAAAAACGAAACUUUUAAUUAUUAAAACAAAAUUAAAAUACACUUAAACAUAAUCAAUCCAUUUAAAAUAAAAGUUUUGAAAAUAAAUCAAUAAAUACCAAAAAAAUCAACAAAAAUGAAAGUCUUUUGCGGUAUUACUGUUGCUUUAUUUGUUGUUGUAGCCAGUGUUUUGGCUGCAGGCGAGAAGAAUAAAGCUGCCGGUAGCUCCACAUCCACGGAAGGUGAUAUCAAAAUCUAUAAACGUCUUAUACCAGCUGACGUGCUUAGAGAUUUCCCUGGCAUGUGCUUUGCAUCUACACGCUGUGCAACUGUUGAACCUGGUAAAACAUGGGAUUUGACACCUUUCUGUGGUCGCUCAACCUGUGUGCAAAACGAAGAAGAUCCAUCCAAAUUAUUGGAGUUGGUUGAGGAUUGUGGUCCAUUGCCUUUGGCCAAUGACAAAUGCAAACUUGAUACAGAAAAGACUAAUAAAACCGCUCCCUUUCCUUACUGUUGUCCCACCUUUACUUGUGAACCUGGUGUAAAAUUGGAAUAUCCCGAUAUACCCAAAGAAGAACCAAGCAAAAAGGAAUAAUUUCAAGAGUUAAUUUAAUCAUCUAUAAAUUUCGUUCACUGUUGUACAUUGAAAAUCGUUCUUUCAGUAUAUACAUAUACACUUGUAUCUCAUUUCCUAUCACAUUUCCUUUAUAUGCUCUUAAUCUAUUUUUACAUCAAAUGGAUUAAAGACCUUAUAUACUAAUGGUCUUAUGCAAAAACAAUUAUUAAAGUUAACAAUGGUUUACUACACACUUUUUUCAUAUAAAAACAGGUUUUAACAACCAUUGUUAACUUAAUUAUCGUUUUGCAUAAGGCGCUAAAAGUUUUAUGUAAUUAUAAGACCUAAGAUAAUACAAUUAACAAAAUGUAAACACGUGUACAUACAUACAUAUAUUUUAUAAGUAUAUUUUUGCCCAAUUUAUAACAAAACAGAACAAAUUAAUUUUUAAUAUUUCAAAAAUAAAACACCCAAAACUGA